GCUUCCCUUCGUUAUGAUUUUGAGUAGAGUGGAGUUAAUUACAUGGAGACUCGCCUGACAUGCCAAGGAAGGAGUUGCCACUACCCGAGGGUUGGGAGGAAGCCAGAGACUUUGAUGGCAAAGUCUAUUACAUUGACCACAUUAACAAAUGCACCAGUUGGAUCGAUCCCAGAGACAGGCAAACGAAGCCUUUGACGUUUGCUGAUUGCAUCGGCGAUGAGCUGCCGGUGGGUUGGGAGGAGGUGUAUGACCCCGUUGUCGGAGCGUACUCUGUCGACCACAACACCAAGAGCACUCAGCUGGAGGACCCGCGAGCCCAGUGGCAGCGGGAGCAGGAGGCCAUGCUGCGAGACUACCUGGCCGUGGCCCGCGACGCACUCAGCGCCCAGAAGGAGAUCUACCAGGUGAAGGAGCAGAGGCUACGCCUGGCGCAGCAAGAGUAUCGGCAGCUCAAUGAUACGUGGAGGGACAAGUCGACAUCACAGACUAGCUUGAAUUCCAGGUCGUCCUCUUCCAGCAAGUACGACCCAGAGAUCCUAAAAGCAGAAAUCGCCACUGCCAAAAGUCGGGUGAAUAAGCUGAAGCGGGACCUGGCCUGUAUGAAGCAGGAGCUGCAGUACAAAGAACAAGGCUUUGAGACCCUCAAAGAGAUUGACCAUAAGGUGUCCAACAGCCCGUAUGGCUACAAGCUGCAGGAGGCGCAGGCCAUUCUCAGUGAGGUCCGCUCCAUCCGAGACGCCAUCAGCUCUGGGGAGAAGGAGAAACAGGAACUCAUGCAGAAACUGGCAGUGUUGAAGGACGGUUUUCAGUUGGACUCAGGCUCCCAGCAGGAGCUCUGGGACAUCAGUCCCUCGCUUGCCAACUCGGAGCUGUCCAUUCCUCGGCUCUACUCUGACGCCAGCUCCCAGACAGACCUCCCUGCUGAGUUCAUGACCAGCACCAACAAACUGGCAGAGAAGGUUCGUCUGAGUCUGAAGUAUGAGGAAGCCAAGAGGAGGAUCGCCACCAUCGAGGUGCAGAUCGCCAAACUGGACAGCGAGGCGUGGCCAGGGCUGCUGGACCCCGAAAGAGACCGCCUCAUCCUCAUUAAUGAGAAGGAGGAGCUGCUGAAGGAGCUUCAGUACGUCAGCCCCCGCCAGCGUCUGGAGCCCACCGAUGCAGAGAAGCUGGAGUCUGAGAAGAAGCGUCUGGAGAGAGACCUGCAGGCUGCCAGAGACAACCAGAGCAAGGCUCUGACUGAGAGGCUGCGACUUCACUGCAAAAGGAACAAGCUGGUCAGGGAGCUGGAGGAGACGGUUCGACUGGCCACAUCACUACACACUCAACUCAAAAGCCUGUCGGCCAGCACCCUGUCCUGUUCGUCCGGCAGCAGUCGAGGCUCUCUGACGUCCAGCCGUGGCUCACUGGCCACCACCUCUAGCCUCGGCUCUACCUCUUCACUCAGCUUCACCGAUAUCUACCUGGAGCAGCCCGAGCUGGCUGACCCGGACUUCCAGAACAAACUGGACAACCUGCUGCAGGAGGGCGGCCAAGGAGUCUACCGCCCCUUCAGCUCUAUCACUACCAUACAUGAACAUGAAGUGGUGACAGACGGUGCAGGAAGGGAUGCUGGGAAGCCUGAAGGCAAAACAGGAGGGCUGGGAGGGGAGACAGGAGAAGGAGGUGCAGGUGGUGUCAGAGUGGAGUUCGGAUCAUCGCAGAUCCAGGCCCUCAGACUGUCAGAAACCCCUCACUCUAUGAGUUCUUUAUCUCCACGUUCGUCUCUUUCGUCGCUGUCUCCGCCGUGCUCGCCCCUGGUGACAGACACUAGUUUCCUGUCUGGGGAGACGUCCACGGGGCACAUGGGAUCUGGCGGGUUAGGCCUGGAUCUGGAGCUACACAGCAGGCUAGCAGAACUAGAGCUGAGUCUGGGCUCUCAGGAGCAUCGGCAGCAGGAGAAGCAGAAUCUCAACACCGCACUCGGCGAGGAGGUCAAAGACUCAGCUCCUCAGCUGCGGGGGAUGGGGGCCGGGCCAAAGAAGAUCGGUGUGACCUCCGCUGUGUCUGAUGAGUCAGUAGCCGGUGAUAGUGGAGUGUACGAGCCAUCAGAGCGCAGGUCGGGGCUGCCUGCAGAGCUCCUGGGCUCCUACGAAGAGAGGUUGGCGCCAGGCUCCUCUCAGGUGCAGCUCGGCUUCCGCUACGAGUCCAAGGUCCAGAACUUCACCAUCUAUGUCAUGCAGCUGUCCAACUGUGGCAGCCUCUGUCUGCCAGCUGACCAGAAAAUGUAUGUGCGUGUGGUGGUGCUGCCCUGUGUGGAGGCCACCCGCUGCCUCUUCCGAACACGUGGCUCCCUGCCUCAGGAUGUCGUGGAGGUCAACGAGGUGUUCAGCAUGCAGAUAUCCCACAGUGCUCUACGGCAGAAGACGCUAAGAGUUGACGUCUGCAACACCAGCAAGUCGGGCCACGAGAAGUGUCUGGCUGGAGCCCAGAUCAGCCUGGCUGAUGUCAGCUGUUUGGAGGAGAGAUGCACCAAGUGGUACAACCUGCUGAGCCACACCUACAUGCCUGAGAUCAGCAAGGACAAAGAGAGCAGACCAGCUGGCGGCUCUGACAGGACUCUUGUUUCCAGCAGCAGCAGAGUCGGAGCUCCAGAGGACGAUGAGUGGCACGGCGACCUGCUGGACCCAGAUGUAUUUGACAAUGAAGAUGGCUUGGAGGGGGAGGAGGAAGAGGACGAAUUUUAUCCUGACAGCAGCCAGUGGGAAGCAGAGGAGGAGCAGGUGACCAAACGCCCUCCAGCAGCAGUAGCUAUCACAGAGAAGGUGAACAAGGAGACCAGUAUGGACGGCUUGUUGUCGCCAUCCCACCACUGCUCUGUAGUUCGACCCAAGGAGCGCCACCCAGACUUCCACCAGCAGAACCCUUUUAUGAGAGGGAACACCAUCAUCCAUCGCUCCAAGACCUUCUCCCCUGGACCUCAGAGCCAGUACAUCUGCAGGAUUAACCGCAGUGACAGUGACAGCUCCACCCUCUCUAAGAAGUCUCCGUUCAUCAGAAAUGCCUCAGAGAGACGCAGCAUGCGCAUGAAGAAACCUCCUGGGCAGGUUAAGGGUCUUGACGGUCUGCUUCGGACUUCCCUGGACCUGGAGUUGGACCUACAGGUGUCCCGGAUGCGGCAGUCCCGGCUGACGCAGGAGCUGCGUGUGCUGCGGGAGCUGAAGGCUCAGCUGGAGAAUGCGAGGCAGCAGGGCCAGAGAGAGCUGCCCGCCUGGGUCCAGGAAGACGAGCGCUUCCGCCUGCUGCUCAAGCAGGCUGAGAAACAGACACGGCAGGAGCAGCUGCAGGAGGAGGGGGUGGAAAAGAUGAUGAGAAAGGAUGUUCACAAGAUCCAGGGCCAGAGCCACAAAGAGGUUCCUGUGCUCCAGAACUUCAGAGAGAAGAUGGCGUUCUUCACACGAGCGAAGGCCAGCAUCCCCGACCUGCCAGCUGAUGACGUGUAGAGAAACAUUUCAAAGUAUCCUCCCACCACCCCCACCUCCACCCUUAAGACCCGAGUCUUAACCUGCUGUUCCCGCACGAAUGAAGCAAACCUCUGGCGGUAUUAUGAAGAAUUUUAAGAAAAUAAUAAUACGUUUAGUCGUGUAAAAAAAAAAAAAUCAAAAUUAUGAAGAAACAUUUUUAAAGAGCUCAGCAUCUCUAAUGUGGAUAGUCUCUGUAAAUUAGUGAUAGCACUGCUCGAGCUUCACUUUCUUUUCCACUCUGUUCAUGUGUUUGUUAAUAACAGACUGUUUAUAGGCUCUUGGGUAUUUAAAAUCAUUCCAGCACAAAGCAACACAGCUGCAGUCAUGUACCAAAAUGACACACUCGAACAAAAAAGAAAUAUGUAUAGCACAAAAUAAAAUCAAAUGGUGGUACUAGAAAAGAGAAAAACAAAUUAUCCUUGUGAUAAAUCAAAAGCAAACAGCUGCUCUUAUGAGAUGUUUAUUACCCUUCAAGUAAUGUGUUUUUAGUGCAAACUUUAUAUGUAAAGACAAACAUACAAGCACACACAGCAUUUAAAAUUUUGUUUAAUGUAAUUUCCUCUACAGACAGUAGUAAAGACUUCUUGGUUCUUGGUGAACAGCGUGUUAAAAUAUCACCGUUUGUGUUUGAGAAGAGGAGACGGUGAGACAAGUCUCCUCAUAGGUAUAAUCCUUAAGAUUUUUAUUCAUCAAAUCCUAUUUUUAUACCAUUUAUGGCAACAUUUUUAGAGUAGACAUCGAUCGAUAGGUCGAGCGAUAUGAGUAAAAUGGCAGUCAGUUCUGGUGAAGGCUAGCUGGGGUGAAAGAGCAGUAUCUGUGCUUUUUAGUUUUACGUAUAGUCUGGUGAGAACCAGUGACAUUUUGUGGUACAAUAAUCAGCCUUAAGAGGCAUAAAAUCAACACUACCCUAAGGUUUUUAGACUGUUCCACAGUCUUGCCAGUCAGCCUGAAAACUUUAGAACGGUUUCCUGAGCUUCACUGCUGCUCUCUGCCCGUGAGGGCCAGUGUGGUGUGUGUCAAUAGAGGAACACUGAGGAUAUCGGUAAAUUAAAACUUAAAAAUAUGUUUUCUGUCUUCUUUAUGAUCAGAUGAGCUGUAUCUGCAAACACAUAACCCGGCUGUUGUUCUUCUGUUGUUUCUGACAGAUAGGCGCUCAGACAGUGUUUGCUGCCCCCCAGUGGCUGAUACGUGGCAUUUCCAUCUGAUCUGUCUUUAAAACACACAUGCCGUUGCCACCAGUUGCCACAGGAGUAAAUUCUUAAGGAUUAUAACCAAAUCAAACACAACCAAUUAUUAUUAUUAUUAUUUUUUGUUAUGUAAAAUAAGCAUGUUGCUCUGCCCUGACGCUUGACUGAUGUACACAGCGUUACCAGCACAGAUUGCUGUACAUAAGCAUCAUUAGCAUGCCUCUGUUUCGGCUCUGGGGUGUGUCAUCACACGACGUGAAAACUGAACUGUGUCUUUGCUUUACAAACAGCACUAAGUGAACUGGAUCAUUUAUUUUUUCCAUCAGCAACUCUGAGGCGAGGCUUGUCUCAUUUUAGGUUUAUCUCACCAGCCACACACGUGCACACUCUCAGCACGGUGUAGAAACUACACUAAUACUCAGGUAGUUGAUUGGAUAGUCUGCACCUUAAGAAACUUGAAGUGAGAGUUUUUUUUAAUGUUAGCAAAACAUAUCCAGAAAGGUUUGCCCCACACUGGAACGAUUGUUGAUUGUUGAAGCACAUGAUGAAUGUCGACACACACGGGAAGUGAAAAUCAAGUGUUUUUCUGAUGACUGUGAACUUUGUGUAACUGUUAGACUGGAAGCAACUAAGUCCCCUCGACCAGCAGCCAAUGGGGAGACGGAUGUUCCGCUGUGUUUCUGAAGCCUUCUGAGCUUCAUUUUGAUUGGCUGGUUAAAAUGUUUUCUGCCUUGAUGAAAGUGUUUGUAGGUUUAGUUUUCCCUGUUUCUGCUCCGUAAUUGGAUGUUUCAGACAUGUGUCAGAGUCUUAUAACUGGACCAUCUGCAGCCAGGUUAGCCUCAGAGGAGCCACACACAACCUGAGUAAGGAAUUUGUAGUAGCACUUCUACAUGUAGUGCAGUACCUAUUUUGGCAAGUACUUAAACGUGUACUUGAGUUUGUGUACUUUUACCUCCUCUGUCAGUGUUGUAUUAACACUGGGUUAAAUGGCCUGCAGCUUCCUUCAGCUCGUUCCUCUGUCUGGACCACGACAUCACUGUUUUGGUUCACUCCCACUGCUGCAGAGGUGACACGAGCUGUACACCACAGACAUGGCUGUGUAGCUGUAAGCGAGCUGUGUGUGCUGUGGCAGCUCAGCGAAGACGCGUCUGACAGCGCAUCUGCUGUUUUACUGGAGUGGGAGGGUGUGUGCUUGUGUGUGUAGCUGUUGUCCUUGCUGGGGCUUUUACUAGCAUCUCACCUGUGUUAAAGCAGUUUCUCCCUUCACAGUUUGAUUUGGAUGAUACACCACAUGUUUGAAGAUGCUGAUAACUGGACUCACAUAGAACAUCUGAUUUUAUGUUGAACCUUUUGAAGCAGCUAUAAUAAUAAGUAUCAGGUGUCGGAGCCUCAGAAGGAGGGAGGGCUUUUUUCUGAUGUUGCCGUUUUUGCCUGACUUUGGCCUGUGAUACAGUGAGAAAUCCAUCAGGGAGGCAAAUGUUUUCAUUCACAGGAGCAGGGGAAAGAAUGUACUGACUCUGAUCAGUUACCUGGUUGUCACUCAGUGUCGUGGUUCGGUUCAUGCUGGGUCACCACGCCGAUUGUUCUGGUACCUCCGCCGCUUGGCACAAAUCCUUCAUGAUCAUCCAGUCAUCAGCUUUCUGUCCUCAGUGUAAACAGGAAAGUAGCUGCAGAACUGCAGCUGCUUCCCUUGUUUACCUGCUUGUAGAUAAACAGCAGCUUUUAAAGAUGCUUGAACUUUGGAGCCAAUCCAGGAGAGUCGACCUUUUUUGUUUCUGCCUCUCGGCCGUGUUGUUUGUGUUUCUUCAGUACGUUUAAGACCAGCUGAGGAGGAUUAGAUUGACCUGCUUUUCUUUAUUAGCUGUCUGAACGUCCUGUUCCCUUUCCCACACCACUCCCCAAUCCUCCAGGGAAAAGUCCCAAAAAUUAAAAUAGGUUUUAUUUUCUGAUAAAUAAAUGCUGUAAAUAUUUAAAAUAAAAGAAAUGAUAAUCACAAAACAUUCAGGUUUUCAAUAGGAAUAUUUUACACGAGUGUCUGUGAGAAUAAUACAUAUCCCAAAUCAGCACUAUGACUAAUUGUUCAUUGUUUAGAAAAAGAUGGAAAGAGGGUGAGACUCGAUGGGAACCGAAUCAGAUGCUGUGAGGACGUUCACACUGCAGGAGCCAGAUGCUCAGAAGACGCACACAAACAGAAACUAACCAGCAGUGUAUUCUAUGUAUUCUUUGUAAUAGUUAUGAUGUAUGCAUUGUGGCUUUUUAACACUCAGCCUGUGACAGCAGGUGAAAAUUAUUCUUCUCUGUGAAUUCUGGCUCUUUUACUACAGACAUGGAGCCAGUAAAAUAAUAACUACAGGUACAGUUAUUAUUUUACUACGGACAUGGAGCCAGUAAAAUAAUAACUGUACCUGCAGUAUCCCUGGUUUGAUUCUGAUCAGUGACAUCGUGAUGCAUCGUUCCCCUUUUUCUCUCCAUGUUUCCUGUCUGUCUCUCUGCUGUCUGUGGUCAAACAAGAAUAUAACUAAUAGUCACAGCGAGCCCUUAUCCAAAUUAUUCUUAUGUCUGACAAAGAAAAGCAUCAGCUCCUCACAUUAUGUACAGUAUCUGCAGCUAUUCUAGCUCAUUAGAGCUGCUGCUUUUGGGGCAUUUGAUGCCUUUAUUCUGUGACUGACAGCAGAGAGAAGACUGCAAACAAGGGAAAAGAGAGAUGUGGGGUCACUUGAACCAGGGACUUGACUUAGUGCCCCAUUCAAGUUCAUUUAAAUGUGUCUUUAAAACUGUCAACUGUUUGCUUGCUUAGAAUAAUGUUCCAGGUAAAUGAGUGUUCAAAAAGCACAUGGAGUCAGUUUUCACCUAGGUUAUUCAAAUUAGUUUUAGUCCAUGUUUACUGGCCCCAAACAGAACAGACAUUGGUGUCAUUGUUUGAGAUGUUAUGACAAACUGUUCAGACUGAGGUCACACUGUCUAACAGUAAGAAUCUAAAACAUUGCUCUUACAUGUGAUCUUUAUUGUGCAUUCUGUCAUGUGACGUGGGGGCAGGGAGGGACGGUGUGAAUGCAGCUGUGCACUCUGACGUGACUGAGGGUUUUACUGUAGUAGGAACAAUGUGAAAUGAAUGAAAGCCCUUGGAGAGCACCACAUCAACUUUUUGUGGUUGUCUGCGGCCGCCAUCGUUUGCAUUCAUUCUCCAGGUGUGAGAUGUUUGUUGUGUUCCUACAGUGUGGAACAGUCAAGGUAAAUAUGAGGACUCUGCAUAGCCUGAGCAACAGUACUGUCUUUUAUAAAGCCCACUGAGCUUUGUCAUCAUCGACCGAAUGUUAACCAUUACAAUAAAAACAGAACAUCUGGAUGGAGGGAUGUGGAUGUGCUGCGAGGAGUCUCGAUCAUUCAGAGGAAAAACAAAUGCUGUUUGUCACACAUGAUUUUUUUUCACCCUCUAGGUUGUCACAUAAUUUUUUAUUUUUAUUUUCUUGAACUGCAUUUUUCCCUCAUUUGAUUAUUGUUUUUUUUUUUCUUCUAGUGAGUCUGUUUGUAUAGCGACUGGUGAUGAACCUGCUCGUGUGUAUGGAGGCGGCUAUGAGAAACAUACAGCAUGUAUUUAUUGCACUUUUGUGAUUUGGGUGUGCUUCUUCUGUUUUUCUUUUUACCGCCAGGAUCCCGAAAAGCUGUGAAUUUUAUUCUCAGACACUGUACUGUCGACCAGAGUUGUAAAUAUUUCACCAGCACAAAAAAAACAAACAAUAUGUUUUGUAGUUUCACAACAAAUAAAA